AUGGCUCCCACCACCGAUUUUGCAGUCAAAGACGCUUAUGCGUACUUGGAAGGGUUUGGUAACUACCACUCGUCUGAGGCCCUCCAGGGCGCAAUCCCUGUGGCGAACAACACCCCCUUGAAACCUCCAUACGGGCUUCGCACGGAGCGACUCAGCGGGACUUCAUUCGUUGCGCCGCGCAAUCUCACGUUACAAACAUUCAUGUAUCGCGUCGCGCCGUCUUUGGAUCAUGAUCCAUUUGAACCUUUAGAUGCACCUCCCAAAGUGCCGGAUUUCAUAUCUCCCAAUUCCUACAUGUGGCCACAGCUUCCCUCUGAUCCAACAGCUGAUUGGAUUUCUGCACAAAAGCUCCUAGCCAGGAAUGGUGAUCCGAUGCGGAAAGACGGUCUCGCUAUAUGGACUUGGAGCGUAUCGCAAGAUAUGGAACCGAGAACGGCUUUUUGUUCCAUCGAUGGUGACGUGCUCAUUGUUCCCCAGGCUGGUUCUCUUGAUAUCCAGACGGAAAUGGGCAAGUUACUGGUCAGACAGAACGAAAUUGCUUUGAUCCCUCGAGGGAUACGAUAUCGAGUCACAUUACCCGCGGGUCCAGCUCGAGGGUACGUAUGCGAAUUAUUCCAAGGCCAUUUCCGUCUUCCUGAACUUGGCCCUAUAGGCAGCACUGGGCUCGCCAACACCCGAGAUUUUCAAAUACCUGUGGCCUGUUUCGACGGGAGUAUCCGGGACGGAGUGGCAAUUUCAAACGAUGCGGGAACAAAACACAAGAUCGUAACACGCCAGAAUGGCCGGCUGUGGCACUGUGAGCAAACCCAUACACCUUUUGACGUCGUAGCUUGGCACGGCACGAAUUAUCCCUUCAAGUAUGAUCUGGCCAGGUUUUGUGUCAUGGGGAACUUGCUCUUUGACGAACAUGAUCCAUGCCUCUACACUGUAUUGACGGCACCCUCAUACGGCGAGCCGGGCAAUUCGGUUGUUGACUUUGCCAUAAUCCCUCCGCGUUGGAUGGUAGCUGAAGAUACCUUCCGCCUGCCAUAUUAUCAUCGAAACACCAUGUGCGAGUUUUUUGCCCCUAUAAUCAACUCCCAAGACAAAGAUUAUCCGUUCAAUGGGGGAGCCGAUUUCAAGCCUCUCGGUGCCGGAUUGCACGGCAGCAAUGUGAUUCAUGGACCUACGGAAAAGAACUUUCAAGAUGCUAGGAAAGGCUCGGAUGCCCCAGAAAAGGUUGACAACCUAGGCAUCACAAUUUUUCUGCUUGAGACAGAGAAGCCAUUACAGUUAAGUGACUGGGCAGCCAAACUAGCAGCUGAGGCCGCAGCUAAAACGAGGGCUAGAGUUCCGAAGAACAACAAAUUGUAA